CCGCCAAAAUCGGGCAGAUGUUCACGCAGACAGCGAUUUUAAACAACAGUAUUUUAUAACUAAAUUAACUAAUUAAAGGUGUUUUGAGAUCAAAUGUUAAGAUGAACUAAGUCCGCCAAAGUCGCGCGCACAACUGGAAAUUACACAGAAGUUCGGAGCGUGCGACUCGAACGCAUUAAAUGCCCGCAAAAAUUUGACUUCUACGCGCGUUUUUCGCUUGGGCGGCUGCUUAGUUUUCCCCGACCUGGGAAAAGUGCCACAUUUCCAAAAAGUGUUUAUCGAGCUCCAAAAAGUGGAGCGAGCCUGUACAAAAUGCCGCGUGCCUAAAAUAACUAGGGGAUAUAAAACUACAACAAAAAAUCUAUUUUUAUUCAAAGAAUGGCCACCAGCAACUCAAUUAGGAAUAAAAUAAACAACAGCUACGAAUCGGAGCCUUCUACGGGAAGCGGGUCUUCGCUCAGUGAAAACAAUGAGGGCCAUAUAUCUGACGAGGAGCACAUGAAUCUGCCGUAUCUAAUGAAACCGAAACCACUGAGCAACCAGCCCGUCAACAGCAAUUCCACUGCGGAGACACCGACGCCACCCAACCAAAAGCCAGGCAGCCAGGAGUCCCAGUUCCUGGGCUUUGGCGACAGUCCCUAUGGCCAGGUGAACAAACGUCUCUACGGCUCCCAGCUGCAAAACCUAAAACUGCCCGAGGUGGAACCCCCAGCCGUCCGUCGCCCCUCGCCGGGAAAGAUUGUGUUUCCCCGGUUCUACGACACCCUCAUCGAGGAGAACAGCUGCAAUGCCGUGGACAUGGCCGUGUCGGUUGCCAUCACUUCCACGACAUCCACGGGCAGCCUCUCAUUCGAUGGCAAAAUUAAAAGUCUGACUGCGAGACCUGACGAUCAGGAGAAGCCAGGUCCCUCCAAUGCCAAUCCCCGACUCGCCACCGUGCUGGAUACAUCGCUGAACACUUCGCAGCAUAAGUUCAACAAUGAACGCUCGCCCGAUCUCUUUGCCGACAGCGACGAGGAAGCGGAAAAUGAUGAUCAGGUGGAUAAGGAGCCGGCCACAAGGCUUGAGGAUUUGCCUGAGGUGCUGGAGGAGUCGCAGUGCACCAGCGAUGUGCGCGCCCGCUGCUCUCUAACCGCCCCCACCGAGUCUAGCUUUGUGGAUGAGCAAACGAUGGACCUGUCGGCCACCCAGCUUAACGCCAACGAUCCACGAUCGCAUUUCUUGGAGAAUUGCCGGCGCGAGCGGGAACUCUAUCGGCGGAUACGGCGCUGUCUUCAGGGCGUGCGCCCGCCGCCCACAGUGACUACACCCGAUGUGGAUGUCAUCAAAAUGGUGCUCAGCAUGAAGUCAAAUGUACUCAGCUUUCUCUCUAAGGAUUCGCCAGCCUCGACGCCCGCAAUAGAGGACAGUGGCAUAAGUGAAACGACCUCGUUGUUCAAACCCACUCACAGUCUCUCCGAGGCUCAAAACAUGGGCUGGCGGGACGUGCUUGGAGUGCGACAUCAUGGACUGAGCUAUAAUCUUAACAAAGCUGCCGAACAAAAUGAAUACCUCAGCAUGUCCGUGGUGGACAGAUACGUGGGCGUGGAAACAGCCACUUCCUACGUUCGAUCCCCCUCGAGUGCCAAGAAGCGAAACAUGCGUAUGAAAAUGUUAACUCAAUCGCCUGGCAAUCGACUUAGUCACCUGGCCAAGCGCCGUGCCAUAUUUUCUUCUGCAAAUCUGGCCACCAACUCACUGAAACUCAACAGCUCCAUUGGACCACAACUUAUGGUAGAUAAGAAAAAAGCGCGAAAUAAACGCAAAGCCACGCCCAAACGAAAGACGCCGGGCAGCAAAACCAAAGCCCGAAAGACGCCAUCUUCAUCCGCCCGCAAGCGUCUGUACCGCACCGAUCUCAUCAAGCCAGGACCUUCGAGGGAAACUUCCAAGCGUGCCUUAUUCCAAAGCCCAGCCAAGUCGCUCCAGCAACAGCAGCAGCAGCUUAUGCCGCCCAAGCCACUCUUCAAGCCUGAGAUUGCCAAUCGCGUGGAGCGAUCGAAGCGAGCUCUCUUCUCGCCGGACCACCAGGGCAGCAGUAAUCAGCUAGAGUCGCUGCUAAAGCGAAAAAGGAAUGCCUGCGAUGACGAGGACUCCGCUGACCUGGCUAGCCAGAGCAGCAAGCUAUUCCGAGCCGAGAGCAGUGGCCCCAGUGGCUUGACGCCUCGCGCUCUCAAGAUCAAGAGUCAGAGCUUCUGCAUUGGAGCUGGUUCCUCCACGGCAGGUGUUCAGCUGAAGUUGGCUCAGCAGAUAGCUGCACCCGCUGGCCAAACGCGUCUAAGUCUGGGACUGAGCGGCAGCCGUAGCAACCUGGUGAACAGCUCCUCCUUUGCGAGUGGUACGCCUCUGGCGAGUAAACUGCUGCGUGCGCACUCGGAGAUGAGCGCCACUCCCAAUAGCAGUAUGACGGAUAACCAGCGAAAGAAAUUGCUUUGGGCUGUGUCUCAGGCACUGCAGGAGCGAAAGAUCACGGCGAAGCACGAGCUCUUCCGUCAACAUGCGGCAGAUCUUACACGCAUUGUGAAGCGCAUCUUCCAGGAAUUCUACCUGGGGCAUUCAUCCAGCAACAGUGAGACUCUGCUAAGGCUGGCCAAGAAGUUUGCGUUUAGCGUGAUUGCGGGCAAAAAUGCGGAUGACGUUUACCUGCAGGCACGCACUCAGGAGAGUGAGGCCAAGCGGCUGUCUAGCACCCGGCUCUCCGGCUACAUUAGCCCUGAGGAGUUUGCCCAGCGUAAGAUGCUUCUUUCGCAAACAUCGGCAGUUGGAGCAGCUGCCGGUUCGGGGCGUUCUCUGCACAACCUUUUCGGCAGUGAGAACUCCAUCGAUUCAUUCGGUUUGAGUCAAAUGAGUCUGCCGACGAACAACUGCUCGGAUACGCAAUCGAGUAUAGUGGACCGCAUAUCGGAGGAUCUGUUCUGCAAGGAGCGGCAACCCAUCCGGCCCAAUCCCACGCUGCAGAACAGCUCGUCGAAGAGCAACCUAGGCGGACUGGCGCUGCGCGAGAACAUGGACUGCGAAACGCGUCGGUCGGCGCAGAAGAACUUCACCGGCAAGGACCAGCAGAACAUCAGCCCGUACUUUGGCGGUGGUGGAAGUAACGGCUCGGCGCGAAAGUUCCAAUUGCAAUCAGUGGGCAACAGUAACAACUCUGGAGGCAAGGCCAAGCGACAGAUUUCCUUUGACUGCUAAAACAGCAUAGUAAAAAAGGAUUUUGUUUAAAUAAGUAAUGCUUUUACUAGCAGAGCAAGAACCAGAUAUAUAGGAAUCAAAAUAGGCAAUCGAGCGCCCUUUUGUUCUUGCCAAGGUUGGCACAACAUUUACUCCGUUUAUUGUUUCAAUUAUUUUUUUGGUUGUUUUAGCUUAAUUUAUUUAACUGCCAGGUCUCUUAAAAAUCAAGCACUUUUCAUAUAAUGGCAGACAACCGUAUAAAUAGGUAUAUGUAAAAUACAUCUUGUAUAGAUCUUAUAGAUCGCCUUACCUUAGACUCGCCCAAGACUUUUCCUUGAACACAAAUUUAGUUACAAAUUCAACUAAGAUUCUUUUUUAAACUAACGGCAUAUAGGAUCUAUAUGGGAUUUAUUUUAUGCGACUCAAGUUUGAUGAAUGCAAUAUUUUCCACUGAAGUUUAGAUGUAUUAAGAACAGUUUGUGCUUAAAAAUUACAAAUUUUAACUAACUAAAUCGCGUGAGUACUCCAUGCAACUGAAAUUAAGCUGAAAUCAAGUUCUGUAAGAGUGUAAAGUGAAAUUAGUAUAAUAAAAGCGCCCCCAAUCAGUAGUAA